AAUGGUUAUAAUCGUUCUUCUGAGAUCGAUGGUGGGCUGGAGGAACAACCCUUUGGCUGUAACUUUACAGUACUAUAUAAACUCGAACGCCAUUGAUAUGUUUUGAGGAAAUAUUUAUGUGGGAGAUAAUCAUUCUGUCGAAGAAAAUUAUUUCCAUGGAGUCGGAUUUAGCUCUUUUAGAGUCAAUAAGGCAGCACCUGCUCGCCGAUGAUUUCGAAGCUUCUAUGGGCUUAACGGCGUCGUUUCAUGGAAGUACUCCGGCGUACCUCCGGGGUGCAAGCUUCACCAGUCUACUCUCAGGCGAGAACUGGAGUGCCACGGCCACCCCAUCAUCAGAACCGAUUGGUUUAACGAAUGCGGUUAAAUCGGAGCCUGCUGGGGAUGUGUUGAUGGAGGAGGACACGGUUCAUGUGGCGGGGCCUGAACCCUACGCGCCGCCGAAGAUGGAGCAUUACAGAGGGGUGAGAAGGCGGCCGUGGGGCAAGUACGCGGCGGAGAUUAGAGACCCUAAGAAGAAUGGGAGCAGGGUGUGGCUAGGGACUUACGAGACGCCCGAGGACGCUGCGCUGGCUUACGACCAAGCCGCUUUCAAGAUGCGUGGCUCGAAGGCUAAGCUAAACUUUCCUCACUUAAUCGGCUCCGGUGACUUGGAGUUGGUGGAGCCAAUCAGAGCCAGCCCCAAGCGCCGCUCUCCGGAGCAGCCUUCGACGACUUCCUUGAGCAAGGACACUCCAAAGCGAAGAAGAUGAAAAUGAGAACUAAUUAAUUAAUUAAUCACAUUUGUUAUUAUUUCCAAUUUAAAAAAAAAAUCGGUGUUAAUGUUGUAUACAAUUGGAAAAUUAAUGUUUUAAUUUUCCUUUUUUGUACAUGAACACGAUGUAGCUAGUUGAUAUGGUUUCGACUUCAUUGCGUGGAAAAGCAAGAAAGCUGAGUACAUGUUUCAAGAAAAAUAAAUUCAUUAAAGAAAAUUAUGGUUAAGAUUUUGGUUGUAAUUUUGAAAGAAAUAAAAUUCUAUCUUUGUCUUGGUUGCUUAA